AUGGUGCGGGCGUUCUUGACGGAGCGGCAGCAGUCCAGGGUGCUGACGACGUGGCUGACGGGGCUGACGCUGGCCACCGUGAUGCACCUCUUGUCCCCGCGUCUUGAAGCUCCCCAGUGUGUGGUGCUGGAGGAGGCUGAGGGCGGUCCAGCUCCUUCCUGUAAUGCUACAAACUCACUCCCCACUUUUACCAACAGCCACACUAGUGUGGUGGAGGCGCUGCUGGAGGGGCCCCUGGAGGCUACAGACAGGAGACUGCUGCAGUGGGUGGCAGAAGGAGGCGGCGGGCGUGUGUUUCCUCCCUCUACUCUUCCCUACAACAUCACUGACCACAACGUCGGAGGCUGGGAGGACUCCGGCGUCUGGAAGUUCUACGUCAAGGCCAUCAACAGAUACUUCGGCAAAAAGGAAGGCGGGUUCUUCGUGGAAGCUGGGGCGCUGGACGGAGUGAUACUGUCGGCGACGCUGACGCUGGAGCAGAACCAGGGGUGGCAGGGUCUCCUGGUGGAGCCCAGACCGGACAUAUUCCAGCAGCUCCUAGACAAACACCGCAAGGCCCACGCCGCCAGGUUCUGCCUCUCCGAGAAACCUUAUCCCCACCAGACAAGCUUUUGGUUAAGUCCCGACUACUUCAAGCAGAGUGUUGCCUUCAGUGCCGUCUCUAGUCAGCUCCUUGACAAAACUAGUCCUGAAUUGCGGGAGACAGGCAACGUGAUGACUGUUCACUGCAUCCCACUUGUGACACUUCUGCGGGCACUCCAUAUCUCACAUGUGGACCUCUUCGUUCUGGAUGUAGAGGGGGCUGAGUGGGGCGUUAUUGAACUCUUCCCCUUUGACCAGAUAACUGUCAAUAUGUUGGCAGUGGAAAGAAAGAAGAAAGGCGAUGCAGACAGGGCUGCUUUCAUCCAACUAGUACAGUCUAAGGGCUUCACACUUGCACACAGCCUAAGUGAGGAUUUUAUCUUCAUCAGAAACUCUUCCCAAAUUGAUAUUGAUCCAGCCUUGUACCUAGUCAAUUAGCAAUUCUGUUCAGCUCUGUAUUUUCUACUGGUGGUAUUGCAAAGAUGAUUCGGUCAUAUAGGUCCUAUUUCUCUCUUAUUUUAUACAGACCUCGGGAAGAUACAUUAGCAAAAACCUCAUACUGAUAAUAGAUUGUCUUAGGACUGCUUCCCACACAAAGGUAAUUUUGCAUGAUACAUUUUUUAAGUAGUUUUCAAUAUAGUACUGUAUUGUAUAGU